AUGGCAUCCAAAGCAAAAGUACUGUCCUCGAUGCCAAGAGGCAUCACUCUUACCGACCUCCCAAAGGAAGUUCUAAGCGAGAUAUUCUCAUAUUUUUGCCUACACUGCUGCGGCGAGUUCAAUCUCCAUAAAGGAGUCGGCACCCCGCAACAACAUAACCGACGACGCCCACCUCAGAAUCGCAAUGAGAGGUCGUGGUACUCCCUGAACAAACUUGCUUUAUCAUAUCUCGCAUUAACCUGCAAGACCUUACAUACAACCGCAGAGGCCAUCCUCUACCAUGAAUUCGCACCUUCGUAUGGCGACUCGGGCCGAUCAAACCACUCCUUCUUUAUAUUACAAAUCUACCCGUUCAUGCGCACCGUUGGGCGACGGAAGGAUCUGGCAGAAAAGGUCCGCAUGAUCUAUAUCGAUCCAAUGAUUGCAUAUUUUGAGUCAUGCAAGGAAUCUGUUGAGGCCGUCAAACAGGGUGCUGCUGAUUUGGGGAUCGACCUUGGUGCAGCUUGGCAACGUCGAGUCGCCGAGGUUGGGCACGACCCGGAUCAUCCCAUGGAAACUCAUCAUCAAGCCUGGCUUGACGCUCUAUCUUCCAUUCUUGAUUCUGCCUACGACUGGCGUUGCGGAACUGCGAAAAGGUUGCAGCUAGAGCUCAUAGCAACACUUAUCGCGCUGCUUCCUAAGCUUGAGCAUAUCAGCCUUGCAGGCUUCUGGAACUUUCCUCAUCCUCCAGACGACCCGCUCAAAGCAUUGGGGGUCACAGAACUUCCGUACCUCCGCUCAUUUGAGGUCAUGACCGAUGGAUUCUUGAUCCUCGACAAAGCAGUGAAUCUGAAAGAACUGAGUAUCUACGACAUAGCUCCCUGUGACACCGAGAUUCCACUCUCAGAAAAGGCCCACGUCGAAACAUUGCGCUUGACCGGUGUCAAACAUUUGCCCAGUAGCAUCUCCCAUGCUUUGAAAUUCGCUGCAAAGAACCUUCGCUCGUUCGUGUACGAAGCCCAGGCCGAGAAUGAUCAGCCACAUUUUGAAGCGGCGCGUGGCGAGUUCAACGCGGAAGUUAUAGCUGGUAUGCUGCAGGAGUAUUCCCAGACACUAGAAGCUCUGCACUUGGACUUUCGCGGCGUGGUUAAUCAAAGUCCCCACUGCUACUUCUACAGUCCCGACUUUACGCUUCAGAACUUUACCAAACUCCGUCAAGUAUUCCUAAGUACGGGCAUUCUCUUCGACGUUUCGCGCAGUAUUGAUAACACGGAGUUGAGGUCCGAAUCCCCUCACGCCGCGAUAAGUCGACUACUUCCCCCGUCAAUCGAGAAAUUGUACCUUGCUUGGGAUUGUCCAUCCGUGAGUGAUGUGGAGACGGGAUUGGUGGGACUGGCCCACGCGAAACAAGAGACUGGAUGCUUACAGCAUCUUCGGCGUGUUGCUCUUCAUUACUCUGGCAGGCUGGAAGAGACUGUUGAUCGGGCCCUUGAAGCUGCGGGUAUAGACUUUGUCUAUGAAAGGUGGCCCUCACUUGAAGAUAUUGCUUACGAUGAACGAGAUUCCGAGGGAGAAAGUUGGAGUGAUGGUAAUGAUGAUGAUGACGAUGAUGAAGACGACGAAGAGGAUGAAGAGGAUGAAGAGGAUGAAGAGGAUGAAGAGGAUGAAGAGGAUGAAGAUGAUGACGAAGAGGAUGAUGAUGGUGAAGACGAUGAUGGUGAAGACGACGAUGGUUUAAAAGAAGAUGAUGGGGACAACAAGAAAGAAUGA